AUGAGCGAGACUAGUUCUGACGACGAAUAUGGCGGACAACUCCAUGGAAGCGCUAAACUAGCUGAAAAUUCUUCCCCUGCGGCCUCGUUAGGGGUGGAUCGUGCUGGAAAGGAUUCCAGCUUAGAUAAUGCAAGCAAAUCCACCUUUUCGUAUUCCUCAGCGUCGAUAGCCUCUUCAGUCCGCCAACAACAACUCCACGUAUCUUUACGUUCUAUGAGUGACACUCCACACCAAACCUCCUUGGCCCAGCAUCCCCCCAAGGGGUCCCACAUCAGUGCUUCUUCUGUUCCUACCCAUGAGGAUCUCUACGAAAGACGACGACAUCGUCUUUCAAAACAUCAGUCCAAUCUCCUCACGAAAGCCACUCAUAACGGCAAGGAGGCGAAGCAGGAGUGUGCUCCCUCACACACGCGAGGCUUACAAUGUAGCCCAAGGAAUGAAGAAGACAUUACUGCUGUUAGAUCCCAAGCUAGAGUAGAAACGGACCCUGUCGAAAACACAGAAUAUGUAGAGGUUAGUGAAGAUGCGCUUUUGAAGCGGAUGCAGAAAAAGGAAAAGCAGUUUGACGCCAAGAUUAAGGAAAUUAAUCAGACCUUCUCUAGUGCAGGGCGUCAGCUAGUUCUGCGAGAUGACAUUAUAGAAGCACUCCAUCGUGAAAUUUUAGAGCUUCGCGAGCAACUAGACCGACAUAGUGUAGGCAAUCAUCAAUCUAGAGAAGGCGAAAAGCGGUUGAUGGAAAGCAUCCAAAGCAACACCCACAAGCUUCAGAUAGCAGAGUCGAACUCCAAACUCGAGAGGGAGCGCCUUCGCGCUGAAUUAGAUCAGUGCGAGUCUCGUUGUGCCAUGCAACGGGCUCAGAUCGAGCAACUUCGUGGGGAGCUUGAGGAAAGCCAUAGGGCGGCUCGCGAGUCUAAGCAACAUCACACUAAAGAAAUCGAAAAACUCCGCAAGAAUUUUCACAAUCAGCUAUCUGAGAUUAGUGUGCAAUAUAGUAAGAUGGAUCGAGAGCAUGCCAAUAUGCAAGAAAAGGUGCAGCAGGCGGAGCAAACCCAAAGGCAUACGCAGGCAGAAGUGCUUCAGGCACAGUUUGAGCUUCGCCAGUAUCGGGAUCAGGAGGGAGAGACGGUGAAAUCGCUGUUGCAGGAGCAGAAUCGGCUGCAGGAGGAGGUGGAGGCGUCACGGCUGAGCAUAGCCCGCUUGCUAAGUGUACUGAGUUGCGUGCCAGAUAUGCGGAACUAUUUGAAGUGGAACGAGAUUGACAGCGAGUUCGUUUUUCUUGCCUAUCCAACGCAAUACUUCCGAAUGAACGAUAAAAGCUCCUUUCAAACGACAAGAGAUACCAAGCUAGCGAAUAGCCGGACUCCCCGCAACCACGACUCUGUCGACAAGGAUGAGGAUAACUAUGCAAGGGACUAUGAGAUUAAUGCUGCUGGGCAACCCUUAAACAUCGAAACUAACCCUCAGACCGGCGUUGAGGACGGCAUUUACACUGGAAGUGCCUCUUUUCAGAAAACAAAAAAUAUUUGGCUGAACGGUCAGUGGAUCAAAAAGCUUCAGGAGAUCGUCGACUCGGAAAAUAUGUUCACAAGACUUAAGAAAAUUAAGCUUCUUGAGUUGGAGGAAGCGGCCAGGCUGUGCAAUCAGCUUCCAACGGCUCAAGAUGUCUUACAAUGUCGACGACAAGAAAGGGAUUACUGGGUACCAUAUAAAGUACUUAUGGUGGCCCAGCAAUUUAAAAACAAGUACUGCCCUCGUGUACCCGCGCUUUCCCACUUUUACCCGUUUCUGAUGAACCUAAACGCAAUUUGGAAUCGAAAGCUACAGGAACGGCUUUGUGUCCUUCGAAAAGAGCUGCAGGCUGCACAGCAACACGCUCUAUUGCAACUAAAGAAUAAACAACAGCCCUCGCAGAAUGCAUUGUCAUUGCCUAUAGCUGAGCGCUACCAUUGUAGAACUCCCCACAAUGGUGUAGCUGAAACCGAAGUAUUUAGAGACCACCUAGACGAAGGGGCGCACGGCCCGCGCCAGCAAAGCGGCAGGACUCCAAGGCAAGUGCAUUGCCGCGCGCUUGUCUUGGGCACCUCACGCAAUCUUAGCAGCAUCUACAACGAACACAUCCGACUACGUCGCGAAGUUCGGCUGCACAUAACGAGUCAGCGAAGCCUGGCCCUCUUUCGGCAGUACGACCAGCUCGUUAAAUUCGCCGGAAGCACUAUUCAGCAGUUGGUGCGGCUGUGUGAGCAGACAGGAAGGGAGGAGAUGAUCGGUCGCCAGCGGCAUGCACACGUUGACGACGACUCGUGUGAAUCUACGCCUUCAGACGAGAGUAGCAUAGGUGACGUUCCGGCACUCCCCACCCCCCCGCGUGGACGACAAGAGUACCGCUCCGAACACAGUAGGCAUGGAGCAAAGGGGCGAAGUAAGAUAGCAGUUAACAGCACAGGCCGCCCGAAGGAGAUGGAGGAAAUGGAGCUGGGGAACCGCACAAUAGCCUCUGACGCAACUAAUAUCAUGACUUUAGAGCGGGAGGUUAUAGAGAAAGACGCAGCAAUUCAGCACCUAGUCUGUAUGGUACAAGGUACCUGUAAACGUGUUGGUGAUAUAACGCAGGCUCUUUUCGCGCGCACUAUGGCGUGCUGUGCAGAUCUAGAAAAACUUAUGCGCAUGGUUCAGUAUAAGUAUAUACCCAAGUUGUACAGCAGGGAGGGUAAAAGUGAGGAAUGGACCACAGAGGCCCAGCAGCGAAAAGCAGCUUUUCUCAGGACGACUCUGUUAAAAAAUGAGAAAAAAACUGCCCGAGGGUUAUCUGCCUACACAGCUUCUUCACAUUCCUCAAGCAGUUCACCAGAGGCAACACCAGUAAACAAAGGAGUCAUGCGCGGUCCUGUGCCGAGAGGCCUGUCAACACAGAACAUUCAGCAACCGUUUCCUAGCGUCCUGAGCUCACAAUACGCUAAAAAUUCCGUUGCUGCCCGUCUACUCAAAAAGUAUGGACCGAUAACCGAAAAGGGAAUGGACCUGCGAGGCUGUGGGAACGCUAGGCCACCAAGUGGUGGACCGCGAGGGGUCGAGGCUCUUUCCCAGGUGGUGGCAAGUGUGCUUGAUUUUACUUCUGAGGUGAAAUCUGAAAUGCAGAAUGCGAGCGAUGCACUCGAAACAGUAUUGAAUCGAACCAUAUCUGAGUCUGGGGUCUGUCAAUGUGAGGGAUGA